CCGCGCCCGCGCCCGCGCCCCCGCCCGCCAUGGGCGCCGCGGCCCGCAGCCUGCGCCUGGCGCUCGGCCUCCUGCUGCUGGCGACGCUGCCGCGCCCGGCCGACGCCUGCAGCUGCUCCCCGGUGCACCCGCAACAGGCGUUCUGCAACGCGGACGUAGUGAUUAGGGCCAAAGCCGUCAGUGUGAAGGAGGUGGACUCUGGGAAUGACAUCUACGGCAACCCCAUCAAGCGGAUUCAGUAUGAGAUCAAGCAGAUAAAGAUGUUCAAAGGACCAGACAAGGACAUAGAGUUUAUCUACACGGCUCCUUCCUCUGCCGUAUGCGGGGUCUCUCUGGACAUCGGAGGGAAGAAGGAGUAUCUCAUUGCGGGAAAGGCCGAGGGGAAUGGCAAGAUGCACAUCACCCUUUGUGACUUCAUCGUGCCCUGGGACACCCUGAGCAGCACCCAGAAGAAGAGUCUGAACCAUAGGUACCAGAUGGGCUGUGAGUGCAAGAUCACGCGCUGCCCCAUGAUCCCGUGCUACAUCUCGUCUCCGGAUGAGUGCCUCUGGAUGGACUGGGUCACGGAGAAGAGCAUCAACGGGCAUCAGGCCAAGUUCUUCGCCUGCAUCAAGAGAAGCGACGGCUCCUGUGCAUGGUACCGCGGAGCGGCACCCCCCAAGCAGGAGUUUCUCGAUAUUGAGGACCCGUAAGCAGGCCAACAGCACCCCUUUGGCCAACGGAAAAGCCUCCAAGAGUUUAGACUGGUCCAGCUCUGACAUCCCUUCCCGGAAACAGCAUGAAUAAAACAGUCAUCCAAGUGGGUCUAAAUUAGUAUGAUUCUCCUCUUACCCCCACCUCCCUUUGAAACAUGGCCGUGGGCCCUCACCCCAUCCGCCGGCCUGGGCAGUGUGUGUCCCAGGCUUCCAUCCUUGGGUGCAGGCAGGGCUGGGGCACACGGGCCCAGCCCCAGCCCUAACACUGUCACAAACACUGAGCAGGCCGCACAUGGGCAUCCCCCAGGCCUGGUCAGGGCAGAGCCUGGAAAUGUGCAUUUUGCAGAAAAUUUUGAGGGUCGUUGCAAGACUGUGUAGCAGGCCUACCAGGUCCCUUUCAUCUCGAGAGGGGCAAGUCCCUCGUUUCCUGCAGCUUCCACACCUCUGGCCCUAGGGUGGCAGGCCCUGCCCCUUGCAAGUGCCCCUGUCUCCUCUGUGCUCCUCGUGGACUCCUGGUACCUGUGACUCCCAUAAAUACAGAAGUAGCCCUGGACCAGUGGCGGGCUCUCGGAGGAGCCGCGGUUAAUCCUGUUAAUCAGCAGAAUCGCAGUGGGAGCCACGCUCCAGGGCCUCGUAUGAAGUGGGUGACAUGUUUCAGCUUCAGCCAAGUCCUUCCAGUGCCCCCACCACAUGCCCCGACACUGGGGGAGUCUGUGGCAUUCCGCCCUGAGGGCAGACGUUUGGGGGGAACGCUUGGCUCCCCUUGCAGUUUACUCCCAGGCUUCUGAAGUCAUUUUGGCUUGCUCCUCCUCCUUCUGCCAUCGGGCUUCCAGAUGAGUUGCACACGCUGGCUUUGCAAGGGGUUGCGUGUGGCCAGCGGCCUGGGCUGGCUGUGCCCUGUUUGCACAUCCAGGGGCCAUCGAAAACUGGGUCUUGCUGUGCCCCCCAACGCACCUCAGAGCCCCUCCCUCCAAGACGGACGGUCACUGUGCUGGGCAUGGAUUUCUGUGAGUGAAGUUAGCUGGGCAUGUUGUGAAGUCUUACCUAGGAAGGGAAAAACUGGGGAGGUAGGCGAGUUCGAUGGAUCUCUCUCUGGGCCUCCCGGAUGCUGUGGCCAACAUCCCGUUGUUCGAAAGAUGAAUUCUCAGUUGUUGUAUGAACCCAAGCUCCAGGUGUACCAACCUCCAUGUAUAUUUGUCACAUUAAGAUCUCUUGGUCAAAAAACAUCAUAGGGGGACUAGAGAACCUGUUGUUUUAUCCUAAACGUGGUUUUCUGCUGCAAGUAAAAUGGAGGUUGAUGCAGGCAGAAAUCUGUCAGUAACGAAAAUCUUUUUCUUCCUACUUGUAAAGAUAAACUCUUGUGAGUUUUUCUUGCACGUCGGGCAAACACACCUGUACACGAGCACGUGCGCACGCACACGCUGCAGCCCAAGUCUGUCCGCCUGUGAGUGGUCCUUCUGCAGAAUGCUUCUAAAGUCACCAUGUUCUCAGUGUUGCUCUGUUCAGCGGUGACCCCAAAGCACCUGUAAGACUCCUGACCCCCAAGUGGCGUGUGAGCCCCCAUGCCUGCCGGGACCUGGUCAGCGUAGAUUUUGAUGACUUCCCUCUCUUGGGCAGACUAGGAGAAAAUCCAGGAAUUAGCCCCCGCUUCCAGGGUGUUUUCAUGCUGUACAGUGAUGGAAAGUUUGUAAGAUGUCAUAAUGGACCAGUCCAUGUGAUUUCAGUAUAUACAAGAUCACCAGACCCCUCCAAUCAAUAUAACACCCCACCCCCGUUUUCUUCCUGUAUGGUGUUAUCAUAUGUAACAUUUACUCCUGUUUCUGCUGAUUUUUUUUUUUUAAUGUUUCGGUUUGUUUCUGACAUCCGUUGUAAUCAUUCCUGUGCUGUGUGUUUUUUAUUACCCUUGGUAGGCAUUAGACUUGCACUUUUUUUUUUUUUUUAAGGUUUCUGCAUCGUGGAAGCAUUUGACCCAGAAUGGAAAGCAGGGCAUGGUAGCUAGCCUAUGACGGUGGAUUCCUUCAGAUGUUUUCUUUCCUUCUUUGAGUAUGGUUGCUUUUUCCAUCUGCUACCUUUUGUUCUCUGGUUCAAAUCAUUACAGAGGAAAGGGUCUUUGAGUUGGUCGGUUCCAAAAGAUGGCUUUUAUACUCAAUCCACACACAUUGGUCUUCUAGCCAUGCUGAGCAGAAAACAAAAACAAAAACAGAAAAACCAAGAUGAAGUGCCCAGUGGCAGCCAAGAGACAAAGCCACUCAAAUACCGUCAGAGUAAACCAUUGCAACGUGCAUGUAGUGGAAGAAGGCUCUCCAUUCGGCAUUGUUUAAUUUAUAUGUUAUGUUCUACGCACUGCUCGUUCCUCCCUCCAUUCUUGUCUUCAUGCAAGCAACUCAAAAUAUUUAAAAUGAAGUUUACAUUGUAGUUAUUUUCAAACCUUUGCUUGAUAAGUAUUAAGAAAUAUCGGACUUGCUGCCAUAAUUUAAAGCUUUGUUUGAUUGUGUUUGUUUUUGCUCGGGUUGUUUUUUUGUUUUGUUUUGUUUUGUUUUGUUUUAACUUUUGGGCAAUGUGUUUUUGCUGGAAUAUGAAGUCUGAGACCUUCCUGUGCUGGGAAGACGUGAGAGCUGUUGAACGUUGACAAGCAGACUGCGCAUGUCUCCGAUGCUUUGUAUCAUUCUUGAGUGAUCGCUCGGUCAAUGGACAAUAAACAGUAUUAUAUCAAGAA